AUGGCUCACGCUUCAAUAGUCUCUUGCCCUCUCCACAUCUAUGGUAUCACUGUCGAUUUCAGCAAGUCGAAAACGAAUGUAGAGUCUGUUGAAGUACAGAUCAGCAAGUUGCCGCAUUCACCAAUUGAACGCGAAGCAGGAAAGAGUUGGCGACAGACGUUUUCUCCACCCAUGGAACUUUAUCAUGAGGAUACAUUUUCCUUACAUAUGCAGUACAAGACAUGGUUUGGGAUGAUGACCGAGCAUGAAAACAUUGUUUUCAACCUGAAUGACAUGUUCAGCGCCUAUAGUGCAAAAUACAACAAGUUUCAUAAAAAUAUCAGGAUCGUUGUCGACCUUUCCGGGAAUACAACAACUGAGCAGGCUGAGCAGUCUGUCUCUUCCGGUGAAGAGCUUCGGCCUACCACUUCCGAAAUAUUUCGGAAGUGUCCUCGGUUCCGAAUUUUGGUGAUAGGAAAGACUGGCGUCGGCAAGUCAUCGCUGAUCAACCACGCAUUCGGAGUGGAAAAAACGAUCACUUCGCACGAUAGGCCAGGUCAGGCCAGCAUCGACCAUGAGUUCAUCUCACCUCAGAACGACAGGUUUGUUCUCCACGACAGCAAAGGUUUUGAACCAGGGGAACAAAAUAACCUCAAAAUAGUCCGGGAAUUCAUUGACCAUCGGAGGAAUAUGUCUGCUCCGGAACACCAGUUGCAUGCUGUUUGGCUUUGUUUCGAGAUACCCCGUGCAGGCGGACGUUUGCUAGAGACGGGAACAGAGGAAUUCCUGACAUUGAAACGUAGUGGAACGCUGGGAAACAUUCCCGUUAUUGUCAUUCUCACUAAAUACGAUAUGCUCAUCGACCGCAUGGAGCGAACUCUGGACGAAAACUCUCUCAAUGGAUUGAGCGACGAAGCCAUCAUGGAACUCGCCAAGAACAAAGCAGAAGCCGAGCUGCAGGAUAUCUGCAUCGGACCUCUAGAGAAAUUUUCAGGGCCUGAUAUCCCUCGCGCUAUGGUCUCUACUCAUAAGGACCACAAGGAGACACUCACCCGUCUGAUCCAAAUAACUGGAAACUGUGUCGGUCUGCAUUCUACGCCCGAGGCUGCGGUGAUGACCUUCAUCGCUCAACGAGUGCAUCCUGGCCUCAAAAUACAGGCAUCAAUUGAGGUUGGCAAGAGAAAAUAUUGGAAGGCGCUUGCAUCAAGCACCACGUUCAAGACCCACAAGACGUGGGAUUGUCUACAUGUACUUCACACUGACAUCGUCAAUGUGUGGAACUUCUAUGACCCUCAUCGUUACUUGCACAGCCAAGAGUUCAGGGAGUUGAUGGUGAAGAUGCUCGAUAAUCUAGAAGUUGGACCUACAACUAAUCUCAUCAGUAACAUUACUACUGGGCUAUCCAUGGUGGGCACUAUCGUGUCUGUUCUGGCGGAACCUGCAGCUCCCAUCGUUGUACCAAUCGCAGCAAGUGUCGUACUUGCUGCAUGGGUUCACGAUGUAUACCAGAGAUCCCACGCGGUGCUUCAGCGCUUCAUGUCCUACAUCGUCCACUUAACACUUGUGUUGCAGACACUUUAUCUCGUAUCAGAAAGCCAGGAACUCACUCGUAGGUCGAUCAAGCUCGCGGUCACUUCCUAUCUCGAAUCCCCAAUGAGCGGAGAAGUUCAUACCCGGAUUCAGGAGUAUGAAGGGCAAUUGACCAUCCUGGAACGCGCGGAUAGUGAUACCUUGGAUAAAAUCGUAGAGGUGGUGCAAUUUUAUAGCAUCAAUCCGGCAGAAAUGUCCAAACUUCGGGAAAAGAUUCCCUCUGUGGGUUCGUCACCGGACGAACCAUGGGAAAUCGCGAAGUCGUAG